CUCUCAUUGAAUCAAGUCCGUAUGACGGUUGUGUUACGUCCUAGUGCAGUGUAGGUUCGGCAGUCGAGGUGAAAUUGGCUCCUCUGCCAAUCUAAUGGAACAUCGUUCCUACGAAGUACCACCGGCGACCGUACUAAACAUAUCAAACAUUCGUCAUAAACGCGACAAUUGUAGAAAACAACAAAUCCUGUUGUUGCUAUUAUGUUGUUUAAACGGAUCAUUGAAGGAAAGUCGAUGUUGAACUCCGAUGUCAAGGAUAAGUCACCGGAGAAAUGUUCUAGAAGGAAGUCGGAAUGCGACGGCUGUGGAGAACAUUCCACUAUCUUGGAAGAAAUGACGAAGAUGGUGUUGCUCGGAGUGGUGUUGUGGGCCGGUGUGACAUUCGGCACCCAAGUCGCCCCCUACCCGCUUAAUCUGAUUGUUAGCUCAGAUAAACUCCACCCACCGCCGAUGUAUGACUUCCCGUUCCCAAGCGCGGAGAUGCUAAGACGUAUCCCUCCGGUGACUACGGCGCAUACCAACGGUUCGGUAGACUACAGCAAGAAGAUUGUAGGGAUGCUCGAGCGCUACGAGCAAAACCUACAGGCUGCGAUGGUGACGCCAAAGCAGGGCAGCGCAGCACAGGCUUUUGCCAUACAAGGCCGCCCCUCCAGCGAAGCGAUGCGUUAUGAGAAAUCCUCCAUGAUUAUCACAAAGGCUUCUCAGAAUCUUAUGUGGAGAAAAUGCUCAAACUUUGGUAUGCCAAACGACGAGUGCGCGAGUUUCAUAAGUACUUUGAACUUGCGCGAGACGGAAUUCGGUCCUGAGUGCGCGGCACUGGAGCGGUUCACGUGCCGUACUAACAAGAUGUCUUCAAAGUACCGCACGUUCGAUGGCUCUUGUAACAACCCGGUACGAUCCUCCUGGGGCCAAGCACUCACUGGAUUCAAGCGACUACUCCAUCCGAGAUAUGCUGAUGGUAUUGAAGAACCCCGCAAAUCCGUGCUGCCAAAGCCCUUGCCUUCAGCACGCGUGGUCAGUAUGCAGCUGACUGACAAUGUGGACAAGCCUGAUGACAAGAAGACAAUCGCUCUUGCUGCAUGGAGUCAGUUCCUCCAUCACGACUUGGUUCAUAUCCCUGUUAGGAAAACUAUCCACACAAACCAGCCGAUUCGUUGCUGUGACGUGUCCGGUUACAACCUUGCGCCAAGGCACGUGCACCCUAACUGCAUGCCGAUAUCGGUACCCAGAGACGACCCGAUCUUUAAGGAGGAUAAGAACAGGAACGCCAUCACUUGCAUGGAGUACACUCGCUCUGUCACCACUUUCAGAGGCGACUGUACUUUUGGUGCUGCGGAACAGAUGAACCAAGCAACUCACUUCCUAGACGGGUCUCAUAUCUACGGGUCUAACAGUCGUGACGCAGCUGCAUUGAGAGAGAAGACAGGCGGUCUACUCAAGACUUCAACAAUUGAGAAUGAAGAGCAUUUGCCUUUAGCCACCUCCCCCACUGAUAAAUGUCUCGUCGAGAGUGAUAAGGAAGUUUGCUUUAAUACUGGUGACAUCAGAUCCAACAUGCAUCCUUGGUUAACCGGUAUGCAUUCCCUUUGGGUAAGAGAACACAACAGGAUAGCGAGGACAUUAGCCAAUUUGAAUCCGGAUUGGAAUUCUGACCGACUGUACCAUGAGGCGAGGAGGAUUGUGGUUGCUGAGCUGCAGCAUAUCACUUACAAACAGUGGUUGCCUGCUCUUACUGGUAAAUCGUUCGAUGAGAUGUACGACAGUUACGAUACUGGUUACAAUUCUGACAUCGAUCCUACCGUCACCAAUUCCUUCGCGACAGCUGCUUUCCACUUCGUCAAUACUCUGUUUGACCAGGACAUUGAGUUGGUGGAUGCUGUCAAUAAUGUUGUAGCAGAGAGGCUAAGAGAUAAUUACUUCAAACCUGAACUGAUCACAGUGAAGGGAGGUCUGGAGAAACUUCUACGAGGCAUGGUUACACAGAAGAGUCAGAAUUCCGAUCUUAAUUACGAUGACGACUUACGUCACCACUGGCUGGGUGGUCUGGACGUGUUGGCGAUCGACAUCCAGCGUGGCAGAGAUCACGGCCUGCCGGGCUACGUCCAGUACAGGACUCUCUGUGGUCUGCCGCACGCCACUGACUUCCAACAACUGUCCGAUGUUAUACCGCAACAGACAGUGGACAAACUGUCAAAGCUGUACGAUCGCGCGGUCGACAUCGACCUAGUGGUGGGCAUGAUGGCUGAGACACCGUUACCUGGCUCCUUACUGGGAACUACUGCUACUUGCUUGAUAAAGGAACAGUUAUGGCGCACGCGUUCCGGCGACCGAUACUUCUACACGCACUCGGAAGCGGGCAGCUUUAGCAAGCGUCAGCUGGCAGAACUCAGGCGGUCCUCUCUGGCGGCUCUACUCUGUGACAAUGCGGGUGUACAGCGCGUACAAAGAGAUGUCUUCAACACACCCUCUGACAGUAACCCAGUCGUGUCGUGUGAGGAAAUAAAGAGGGUAAAUCUGGAAGCGUGGCAGAAUCCGUCGCAACAACCCGACAUCCUGACGCGCACUAACAACUGGCUUAAGAACAAAGUCGCCAGCGCUGGCAACACCACCAAGUAAUCACUUAGAUGUUUAAGUUAAAUAUAAGUAUUAAUAUUUUAACUUUGCUCCGUUAGUUUUUGUCUAAA